GAAAAAAGCUGCUCUUGGGCAAGAAUCCUUUUAAUUUUUGUUCAGACUCCCCCCUGCGCUGCUGGAUAGCGCGAGGAAGAGACAUGGAAAAGCUCAUGCAUCUGGUCUUGUUGGUCUCCUUAUCAGACCUGUGUGUGGCAGAGAACAUCACAGUGGUGUACGGAAUGGAAGGAGAGACCAUCUCCAUCAGCUGUGCCUACAGCCCCAAGGAGAACAAGUGGAGAGAGAAGAGCUGGUGCAAACACGUCAAUAAGACUGAGUGCCAGCACGUGGUCAGCGCUCACCGCUUCUGGCUCCAGUUCCUGAAGAAGUGGAACGGCAACACUUCCAUUGCUGACAACAUCCAUACGGGGGUCCUCACGGUGACCAUGAAGAGACUCCAGAAACAGGAUGCAGGGCUGUACCAAUGCAAGACUGACUUCUUAGGAGAAGCAAGGACCUUAAAGAAGGUGAAAGUGGAGGUGCUGGGAG